AUGUUUUUAUGCGAAGAUUUAGCGAUUAAAAUAGUAUUUUCAAUACUUUUCCUGUCUUCGACAGGCAACGACAAUAAGUCGAUGAACGCCGAACAUGGGUUCGUGAGUUCCUUCGCCACAAAUAACAACAUUGUGAGCGAUGCUAAUCAAGGACAAAGCAAGCUACAAAAAUCCAUCACUGAUAGCUUUGCUGAAAGUUGUCCUUUUUAUUUAAACACUUCAAAGCAGUGUUUUCCAACUUUAAAGAAGAACAACAGUUCAUUUGAACUUUACAAUCUGACAGAACAAGCAAAGAAACAGAAUCUAACUGCCGAACGGAAAAAUCUACGACUUUUCGGUAAGGGCUUUAUAUUAGUCGAAAAAACUUUUUUUUGCAAAACGUUUUUUAUUUCUCCGAUAAACUUUAUACAAGUUUUGUUUUGUUUUCUGAAAUUGUUUUAAAUCCACACGAUCAAACAUUUUUGUCUUCCCUACAAUAUUCUGUUUAUAGUCUAAAGAUUUUAUCAGCUUUUUUUCUUCAACUUUCACAGUUUUUGUGAUUUUUUUUUAAAGUGUUUGUAUUUUUCAAAUCAAACCAACUUUCAUUCCGGAAAUAUUUUGUCUGUUUUCGUAUUUCUAAGCGAAUUUCAUUCAGUGACUUCGCUCGCACAUUUCUAUACUAAAAUAUAUAAUUAAAUGGAUUUAUUAAAUUAUAUAAAACAUUAAAACUGUAUAUUUAAAAGAUUGUUUAUCAAUGCCGUACAUCAAGAUUCUGUUGAGUUAUUUUCCAAUUUAACAGUGAAUAAAAUAAUUAUAAUUUAUCUAUCACAAAUACAAAUAUUUUCUACUAUGUAGCAUAUCAAUGUCAAUUUUUUUCGGUAUAUUUUAGCUGAAACAUCAAGCGGAAAUAAUCAGACCGGCAUUGGCUUAAAAGUACAGGCAUUCUUUAAUGGUAAGACUAAAUCUUUAAUUUAAAUGUAUUCUUUUUUGACCUUAUUCCUUACCCUUUUUUAUUGUCGAUUUCAUAUUACUUUUCAAAAUCAAACCGCGGUUCCCAAGUUUGUUGUCAACUUGCCAAUUACGUUUCCAAAUUCGGAAGUUGGGUGGGAACUUCGCAACGAAGUUCACUUCAAAAUUCGAACUUCGAUUGUAAACAAAUGUAAAAAUUUCAUUUAUAAAUUGAUUUAAAAAGGCAUUUUUCGUCUUGGAAGACCACUGGACCAAUAUUUUACUGCAGUAAAUAUGUGCAUAGGGCCUUAUACAGUAAUUUUAACUCCAACUAUGAACAUUUGUUUACAAUCAAAGUUCGAACUUUGAAAUGAACUUGCGAACUUCGUUGCGAAGUUCACGCCCAACUUCCGAACUUGACAACGUAAUUGGCAAGUUCGCAACGAACUUGGGAACAGCGUGUUGAAAAGUUACCUGAAAUCGACAAUAAGGCUGAUUUACACUACACAACUUUAGCCUAAAACUGUCGCAUGCAACCUGCUUACAACUUGAGUUGUACGGUGUUGUUUAUUUGUACUGUAUAAAUCAGGCAUACAACUAUGAGUACAACUCAAGUUGUAAGCAGGUUGCAUGCGACAGUUUUAGGCUAAAGUUGUGUAGUGUAAAUCGGUUUUUAUACAUUCUCUACAAUUUGUAUUUUGAAACUCAUUUUUCUUUCGUCUUUUUAGAAAGUAUCAAUUACAUAUUCGGCCUGACUGAAAGCCAGAAAUGUUUCAUUGCUGUAACCUACCUUCUUGCUCUCUGGAAAUUACAUGGAGCUAGACUCUGGUAAGAUAUACUGACUUUAUAAACAAAACUAAACUAACUUUAUUUCUCCUGGAUAGCUCUAUCAGGUCUAAACUAUCCUCCGUAUGGGUUAAGUGAGGGACACACCCAAGAGGAAACCGGGGUACCUGGAAACGACCUGUGGGGUUUGGCACUCGUCUUGUAUGCGACGAAAUAUGAUCAGCCAACUGCAUAUUGCAGGAAUCGAACCUCUGUCUCAGAAGUGAAAGACAUAUGCAAUAAUUAUUUCCUUUCUACUAUUCUUACAGGCCGAUCAUCUUCAAAGUUAUCUGCAAAUUGUUUGGUAAACCUAAGAGAGCAAUACUUCGAAAGAUCUCCACAAAUCCAUCUGAGAAAACCAUCCUUGUCCAGAAUGACAUAGCACGUGAUGACCAUGUGAACAUUGAUGAUUUAACCACCGACUCAUCGUGCGAAAGUCACUUGACUACUGAUGGAGAAACGACAGACUCAUGUGAUAGUCACGUGGAGAGCGAUGAAGAGUCCAUUGACGUAUCGGGUGAAGAACACGUGGACACGGACUACGACAGCAUUACAACCAGUAGCAGUGUUGAUGAUCUACCAGCCACAUCCAACAACCAGACCAUUCCACCCACUACCAUCCCAACACAGUUCAAACUCUCUCUCAGUUUCAACAGUUCGGACAGUUUAUUUGAGGGGAGCUGUGAUGAAGAUUUCCCAGACGAAUUCUUCGUAUUUCCAAGCGACUGUGGUAACAUCGGAUUGAUACUGGGUGACGAUGACUGGGAAAAAAUAGUUGACUCAAGUCAAGAGUCUUUGAUUUCGGAUGAUGGUUGUACUGCUAGUACCGGUAUAGAGUCAGGACAGAGUUAUGAUGUGGCCUGUGACGUAGACAGCAGAGCUUCUUCUCACAGUUCUUGUCAUAGCCUUGUUCCUAAGGAGGUGGUAUCCUGCUUGAGUUGUAGUUCUGACGGAGACCCAGUCACCGUGGCAACAACAAGUGGUUGUAAUGACUGGAUUGAAGAGAAUGGUGAUAUGAACUGUAGUAACAAUGGUAAUGUUGACCAAUGGAUUCUGGAAUGUCGUGACAGUAACAACUAUACACCAUCUAAUGGCUGUACCAGCAAUGUCAAUCAUGGUCAUGAAUCGACCGACAGCAGCUUGUACGAUUGUGAUCUGACCAGCGAAGGUUUAUACGAGGAUAGCUUGGAGCUCUACCCAGGUUUGUGUAAACAUUGCUUAACCACAUUAUCCCACCGCCACACAAUCCCUAACCAACCGAUCGCCAGACCAAGCGACUGACAGACCACCUGAUUACCUACCCAACUAAGUAACUGAAUACUAACUUACUAACAAACUAUACUAAAUACUAAUGUGCUCUUAUUAACUCUAAUCAGUUAUUCUCAUUUCAUGAAGGUGAAUAUGCUGAACAUGGAAUCAGUUUGCAGCGAUCAGAAUCUGAAAGUGACAUUCGUAUUGAAGUUUACAACAACAUUGAACCAGAAAAUCUGCCAGCUGGUGAUAUCAAUAGAAGGCUGUCAGCCGACAUUGAAAAUGAAAUCGUCGAAGAAAAUAUCAUGGACACGACAUUGGAACAACGUGUGAAAAACCACGCUGUUGCUGCAGCUAUCGUUGCUGGGACAUUUGUACUGCCUUGUUUUAUUGCGGCCAAACUAUUGAAAUAA